AGGGCUCGGGGCGCGCGGGCCGGGGCCCAGGCCGGGAGACGUCACGAUGGAACCGCUGGCCCCCAUGCGGCUCUACACGCUCUCCAAGCGCCACUUUGUCCUCGUGUUUGUCGUCUUCUUCAUCUGCUUUGGCCUGACUGUCCUCGUUGGAAUCAAAGGACCCAAAGUGAUUCAGACUUCUGCAGCUAAUUUUUCACAAAACAAUAGCAAAAAGCUAGAGCCAGUUCAAAUCCGUUCAAAUCCUUUGUCUACAUAUAAUCAGCAGCUGUGGCUGACGUGUGUGAUUGAGUUGGAACAAUCAAUAGAAACUUCCAUUCAGACCAGCUUUCCCAUGACUGUGAAACUCGAUGGUGUGGCUCAAGAUGGGACCACACCAUACAUUCAUAACAAGGUUCACAACCGGACAAGGACCCUCACCUGCAGUGCAGGAAAGAAAUGCACAGAGAUUAUUGUGGCUCACCUCGGCUACUUGAAUUACACGCAGUACACGGUGUCUGUGGGGCUCGAGCACCUGAAGCUCCCCAUCAAGGAGUUGAACUUUACGUGGAAGACCUAUAACCCUACGUUUUCUAAACUGGAGAUUUGGUUCCGCUUUGUGUUUGUGGUGCUCACCUUCAUCGUCACUUGCCUGUUUGCACAUUCCCUGCGCAAAUUUUCCAUGAGAGACUGGGGCAUCGAGCAGAAGUGGAUGUCUCUCCUCCUGCCACUGCUGCUGUUGUACAAUGACCCCUUCUUCCCCCUCUCCUUCCUGGUGAACAGCUGGUUCCCAGGGAUGCUGGAUGAUUUCUUCCAGUCUGUGUUUCUGUGUGCCUUGCUGCUCUUCUGGCUGUGCGCCUACCAUGGAAUACGUGUCCAGGGAGAAAGGAAGUGUUUGACUUUCUAUUUGCCAAAAUUCCUCAUUGUUGGACUCUUGUGGCUGGCUUCUGUUACCCUGGGAAUAUGGCAAACAGCUAAUGAAUUACAUGAUCCCAUGUACCAGUACCGAGUUGACACCGGAAAUUUUCAGGGCAUGAAGGUCUUCUUCAUGGUGGUGGCAGCUGUGUACAUCUUAUACCUCUUGUUCCUGAUCGUGCGGGCGUGUUCCGAGCUCCGGCACAUGCCUUACGUGGAUCUCAGGUUAAAGUUUUUGACCGCGUUGACCUUUGUAGUGCUUGUCAUUAGCAUCGUCAUCCUCUACUUGAGGUUUGGAGCACAAGUUUUAGAAGACAACUUUGUAGCAGAACUGUCCACUCACUACCAGAACUCAGCUGAGUUCUUGUCGUUCUAUGGCCUGCUGAACUUUUAUCUCUACACUUUGGCCUUUGUGUAUUCUCCAUCAAAGAAUGCGCUGUAUGAGUCCCAGCUGAAGGAUAAUCCUGCAUUUUCUAUGCUGAAUGACUCUGACGACGAAGUGAUCUAUGGGAGCGACUGUGAAGAAAUGCCCCUGCAGAACGGCCAGGCCAUUCGGGCCAAGUACAAGGAGGAGUCUGACAGCGACUGAGCCCUGGCCUUGGGCAGCGGUCUGGAGGCCGGGGGCGCGGCCUGGCCUGCUACCUGCCUAUGUCCACUCGUUUCUCGUAAGCAAAGGUUUCCUGUUCCUUAUUUGUUUACAUAUUGUUAAAAGAAAAACCAAAACUGAGAGCAGAUUUCAGUGUGGAGCCAAGAAACAUCAUCAGGGUGGCCGCAUUACCUGAGGAGAGAAGAGGCCAAAUCCGCUUUACAAAGAUGUCAAAUGACAGAAUGUUUUUAAUGGUGAGAAGGUACCUUUAUUUUUAGGAGAAAGAAUUAUGUAUUUUCUUUUUAAAAAGUUCUCCUGGCUGGGAACAUGGCUCAGUGGUAGAGUGCUUGCCCAGCAUGCGCGAAGCCCCGGGUUCAAGUCCCCAGCACCACAUAAACAGAAAAGGCUG